GACUUGUGUCGUCCCCCACCCCACCCCACCGGACCCCCAGUGGACACAGCACCAGUGGAAAGAUCAAGGAUGUGGAGCUGCAAAGACCAGACCAGGACAGUGGGCACAUCUGACCUUUGGGUAACAAGAGGAAGAAACGGCUCCUACUGGACAGCGAGCCUAUGUCUGGCGGAAGCUGGUAGUGCUCACAGGCAGACCAACACAAGCAUGGCACAACCAGGACCCUGGCUGAAUUCAGGUUCUCAUGCACACCAUGGCUGCUGGUGACUUAAUGCAAAGCCGCCAGUACAUAGUUUCCCACCCACACGGGUGUGGUGUGCAGUAAUGAUCCUAGCAGCACAGAGGACAGUGACAUGGCCACAAAACCAGGAAGGGAUCGUGUGGGGACUUGAGAUAAUCUGUUUUUCUGUGGCUUUAUUUAGCAACCAACACACAAAAUUCCUAAAAGAAAAAAAAAAUCCCCCACCAAGUCUGUUUGGCUGGAUCCCGCACACCCGUGGUCAAGGGACCCACACAAAAACUUUAUCAGGGCCCUUGGAGCCACCACACGCUUGUAGAAGCCACAGAGGCGGCUGUGCUGUGACCACCCUUGUGAAUGGGUAGGUGUGAGCCUCCUUACCAUGUGAAGGGGUUUCGGGACCUCCAGCAAACACUGGGUCCCAACUCUGCUGCUGAGACAGAGCACAUGGCCUGGGGGCUCAUGACCAUCAGAAAGUCUGCACCAAGCACCACCCCCCUUUGCAUCUCACACUUGGGGGGUGGUCAGGGUGAGUCCCAGGAACCCCCAACGCUGAGCACUGUCACACUCAGCACCAUCAGCCAUCUCUGGCAGACUGUCGUUGGACUGAGGUGGUGGCUACAGUUUGGCACCAGGACCAAGAUGCCCCUAGCCUGCCCAGGCACUGUGCUGGAGUACUCUGUCCUCUCAUUGAGCCUCAAAGCAUCCCAGGAGCUGGGUAGAUGUGCUCCCAUUUCACAGGUGGAGAGACUGAAUCACGGAGAAGUUGGGCCCUGGGGUCACUGAGCCUCAGGGUCAGUAAGAGGUAGGCUGAGGCAGUUUGCCCCGCCCUUUACUUGGAACCUCAGGCUGGCCUCACUCCAAGAGCCGUGAGGGACGGUGGUUGGGGGUGGGGGCAGAGUCUGUGCAGCAGCACCCAGAUGGGAGAGUACAGUACCUCUUGUGCUCAGCUGGAACCCUCAAGAGCGGUCACAGCCCCAGCCUAGGCCCUGCUAUCGCCACAGCUUCCUGGACUCAUAUAACAGAGGGUCCACCCCUCCACAAGUCACAGAGAAUGUCUGAGGCCUGAGGACCAAGAGACGGACAUGAGGCCUCACUGGGGACACACAUCCUCAAUGCGUAUGUUGACCCAAGCACACGUCCCCAACCUGCCGUCCUCAGACGGUGCUGGCUCCACAUCCCUGUCUCUGGAAGGAUGCUGUAAGACACUGGAGCCAUUGUGACCUCAGGGUGAGGUCAGGGCACCAGAGAAGGGCCAGUGCCCAGGACAGAGCCAGCCCGUCGGUGAGGAUAGGGCUGGCCAUUGGGACCUGUGGGUCUCCUGCUCUGAGCCUCAACAUGGAUGGGCAGCAGUCUAACAGGUCACACAGCCGCAACUCAACUGAUGGGACCUCCUCAGCCCUGUCCCACAACCCCAGAAUCCUCUCCCACGUUUCUGUUUCUACGAAGGAGUCUCUGUGCGCCAAGGAACCUCAAGACUAUGCCUCCUUGGACAGACAGUCCCAUCCUGCCACCAUCAUGCUAUGCAGUUCCAAGAGCAGCCAGGCUUCCUUGGUGUCCAAGGAACACCAGCUGUUUAUGGAAGAGGCCUACAAUUCAGCCAUCUGCUUCAAGAUGCUCCAGGACAUAGCCACCUCAGACCCUCUCCAACUCAAGUACAUCACCAAGAAGCUGAAGAAGAUGGCCCAGAGGACCCCCAGCCUGGUGAUGGAAACCAUCCAUGACUACUUCAAAGACAAUCCAGAGAUCUCCAGCCGGCACAGAUUCCGACUCUUCCAGGUCCUGCAGGCUGUCAUUGGAGCCCUUGAUGUCUUGGAGGAGAUAUGGCAGAGGAACUUCAUGCAGCUGGCCCUGGAGCACAUGACCAAGUCCACGGAACUAGAUGACAUAUACCAAGAUGCAGCCAGCAAUGUCUUACUGGCCCUCUGUCGGCAUUCGUGGCCGGCAGUGGCCAAGCACUUGGAAACGGAGCUCCUGACGGGGGUCUUCCCACACCGCAGUCUGUUGUAUGUGAUGGGCGUCCUGUCCUCUCAAGAGGAGCUUCUCAAGAAAGAAGACCGAGAGAGCUGGAAAGAGCUACUGUCCCAGAUGGCCAGAAAGUCGGUGCCGUUCCUGAACACAGAUGUGUGGUCCAAGGAAUUGCUGUGGAGCCUUACCAAGUCUAGCCGGACGCAGCAAGAGCACACCCCAGAGAAGGCCUUCCUGUUCACCUACUAUGGGCUAAUCCUUCAAGCUGAGGAGGACAGCAGUAACAUCAGGACACACCUCAAAACCCUCUUGGAAACAUCUCACCAGUGGCCUAAGCAAAGGGAGGGCAUUGCUCUCACAGUGGGGCUGGUUGCAGUACGCCACUUGGAUGACGCCUGGGCCAUCCUAGAACAGUUUGGAAGGAGCACUCCCAUCAAGUGGAGCCUGCAGAACUUGUCUCUGAAGAGCCUCGAGGAUCUUCGGUGGAAAUGGGCUGGCAGCACCAUCCUCCUCUCCUACGGCCAGAUGGCAGCCAAGGCCAAGAGCCACAUCCUGCCGUGGGUGGACAACAUCUUGUCCAGGAUGAUCUUCUACUUCCGCUUCAGCUCCUGGGAUGAGACCCUGAAACAAAGCUUCCUUACGGCCAUCAUGAUGCUGGUGGGGGCCAUCAGCCGGAGCGAAGGUGCCCACAGCUACGAGUUCUCCCAGACUAGCGAGCUCCUGGAAUGCCUGACGACGCUAAUGGAGAAAGAGCCGCAAGACACACUGCUCACCAGCACCCGCCAGCAGGCCAUCCACAUUGUCGCCAGCCUUAGUGCCCUGAGGCCACCCAUGGAUGUGGACAAGAAGUCCCGGCUCCUCUCCGUCUGCUUCCGCAGCAUCUUUGCCCUGCCACUGCUGGAUGCCCUGGAAAAGCACAGCUGUCUCUUCCUGGAGCCACCCAACAUCCAGGGAUUAUACAGCCAGACCAUGGAAGCGGUGGACCACAUGCUACAGUGUUUCAUGAUGCAGAAUCCCACCGUCAAUGAGCUGUACUUCCUGUUGUCGCACCUGUAUGUCUGGCUGGCAUCGGAGAAGGCUCAUGAGAGACAGCGGGCUGUGCACAGAUGCAUGAUGCUCUUCAAAUUCCUGCACUGUAAACGCUGCCUCGAAACCAAGGAGAACUUCAGGAGGAUGGGGCAGCUGGUGGCCAUGCUGGGGAUCCUGUGCCAGGACUCGGACAGGACCAUCCAGUGCUUGAGUCUAGAAGCUAUGGGCCAUCUCUAUCAGCUUCUGAUGCAGCAGAAAGAAGUUCCAGAGAGGGACAGGGAGACCCGUCAGGAACUCGCUCUGCCUGAUGCACCUGGAGCUGCCCUCUGGAGCAGUGGAGACCAGAGGGGCGCUCUUCUGAUCCCCCAGGAUAUGGCAUCCAAAAAUGACAGCAUCUUCUUCAUGAGCAGCAACCAGGCUACCAAGGAGAUCAUGAGUCAUCUUGCAAUGACAGAGCUGACGGACCUCAUCUGGACAGCCAUCGAUGGCUUGGGCUCUACCAGCUCUUCCUGGGUGCAGGCGGCUGCCGAUUUGCUUUCCCUUGUCAUCCAGGAGCAUGGAGACAACCUGGCAACUGUUGGUAAAAUGGGCCAGGCCAUCCACCACCACCUCUGUGCCAUCCAAAUGCCCCAAGCCAAGGAGAGUGCCCUGCAUGUCAUCACCUUACUGGCCCGGAACCACAUCCCUGAGCUGGUGGCUGCCUUCCUAGACUUUUCCACUCCCCUGGACAGCCAUUCCUUUCGCCUGUGGAGGGCCCUGGGAGCUGAAGAGCCUGCCAGCCAUUUGGUUCUGACUGUGCUGAUGGCGUGGAUGCAGAAGAGGCCUCUGCCUUCCAGUGCCAGCGACAGCAGUGCCUGUCCCGUGGAGAAGCCUCAUUUGCGCUCGUUGGCCGCCAUGAACACAAUUCACGAGCUACAGUUCGCGAGAGAAUUCAAGAAAGCCGUGCGGGACACCUUUCCCCAGCUGUUCCUGGCCCUCCUGGCCCAGAUGCACUAUAUCAUGGAGCUGAACCAACCCACAGAACCUGAGCAAGAGCAGAAAGCCCAGGAGUCAGCCAUGCCAAGCCCCCAGAGCACAUCACUGGAGGCACUGAAGAGUCUGCUGUCCACCACGGGACACUGGCAUGACUUUGCUCACCUGGAACUGCAGAGUGCCUGGGAACACUUCACCUCCAUCCACACCUACCCACAGGCCGUGGGCCUCCUUGCCAGGGCCAUGGUGCAGAAUCACUGCAAAGAGAUCAAGGCCAUUGUCAGCUACCUGUUGCCCAGCCUGCAGAGCCAGCAGGAGCGAGAAAGGAAGACAGCCAUCUUGGUCCUCAUUGAGUUCCUCUACAGCCCUGCCCUGUUGGAGGUGCUUUCUAAACAGGCCGCCCUGACUGUACUGGCUCAAAGCCUCCAGGACACCUGCUCUGAGAUCCGUGUGGCCAGCCUGCAGGGCCUUGGAAACAUCCUCUUCCACACGGAGAAGGGAACCCUGCUCAGAGGUCAACUGCCAGCCUUCCUCAAUGGCUUCUUCCAGAACAAUGAGGCAGUGGUUGUAGGCAUUAUGGGCUUGGUAUCGGAUAUACUGCACCGCCUGGGUACAGAGGGCGCAGGCGCCCAGAGUCUCAGCAUCGCCAUCAACGCCCGCUACUUCUUUGAUGACGAGCGGGACAAUAUUCGAGCAGCAGCCAUGGCACUGUUUGGGGACCUGGUGGCGACGAUGACCGACAGAGAGCUGACUGGCCUGCGGUCCCAGGUGUGCCAGAGCAUGGUACCUCUGCUCCUCUACCUGAAGGACCAGUGCCCAGCCGUUGUCACGCAGGCCAAGUUCGCUUUCUACCGCUGUGCCGUCCUGCUUCGCUGGCAGCCGAGGCACACCCUGUUCUGCACACUGGCCUGGGAGACCGGCCUCAGUGCCCGCCACUUCCUCUGGACCUGCCUGAUGACCCACAGCGAGAAGGAGUUCAGCAUCCACUUGUCCCAGGCCAUCAACUACCUGCACAGCCAUCACCGCCACAUCAAGACCUGGGCAGCUCUCUUUAUAGGGUACACCACCUGCUACCAACCCCAGGCCGUGACACAGAUGGUGAAUGACAUGGACACCAAGCUGCUGUUCUCCACUUUUAAAGAUCUCAAAAAAGACCCAGAACCUGCCAUCCGGGAAUUUGCCACCAGACAGCUCGAGUUCCUUCGGGAGGUGUCAGCCAGAUCCAAGAAGUGACUUCGAGCCAUCCUCCCCCAUCUCUACCCCCAGAACAGCCCUGCCCCAACCCUCUCCACAGAGCUUGGUUGUGUAGCAUUUUUCCAUUUGAAAGAAAAACCUAGAU